CUGUAAUCAAAGAGUACUCCAAACAAUGUCGAUCAUUCCCAGCUUCAUUGGGGGCUUUUGGGAUCCAUUCCAGGAUUUCCCAUUUUCCUCUUCACUUACAACCUCUCGCCCUCAGUUCUCCAGCGAUACUGCUGCGUUUGCCAAUUUCCGCGUAGAUUGGAAGGAGAUCCCAGAAGCCCACAUCUUCAAAGCUGACCUUCCUGGGUUGAAGAAAGAAGAAGUGAAGGUCGAGGUUGAAGAAGGAAGAGUCCUUCAGAUCAGUGGAGAGAGGACCAAAGAACAGGAAGAGAAGAAUGAUCAGUGGCAUCGCAUUGAGCGUAGCAGCGGCAAAUUCCUUCGCCGGUUCAGAUUGCCUGAGAAUGCCAAAAUGGAUCAAGUGAAGGCUUCCAUGGAGAAUGGAGUUCUCACUGUCACCAUCCCCAAGGAAGAAGUCAAGAAACCAGAGGUCAAGGCCAUUGAAAUCUCUGGUUAAAGUGAUCUCUUAAU